UGGUCAAGCUGGUCUCAAACUCCUGAUCUCAGGUGAUCCAUCCGCCUCAGCCUCCCGAGGGGUGAGCCACCAUGCCAAGCCCAGGCUUUUCUUUCCAUCUGAAAAUUAUCUCAAUAAGCACUUCAGGAAGAAAAACCACAACAUCAUCAUCGAAGCAAUCCCCCAUGGAUGGAGUUGCGGUCACUUCCAGUCUUUCCUAAUACGAAGAAGGCAUCAGAUGUCCCUAUGCCAGCAGUUUCACUGGCCUGUGUGGGGGGAACCCCGCAAACAGGGCUCCUGGGGCAGAGGGUGUAAUUUACAAUUCCCCAGUAGCAGCUGCUCAUCCAAAGAGCUGCUAGCAAUUUACACCCCCACCAACAGCACGGGGGUGCGCCUGGGUCACACGCGGGCUGUGUGUGAGGGUUUUCUGAUUUUCACCAAUCUUGUGGGUGCUUAGGGUCAAGUACCCCUUCGGACAAUCACAAGCUGUUUGCUUGUUUUUGCAUUCAAAGCUACGGGUACUGCCUUACACUCUGUAACCAAGCUGACUAGGACGGGUUCUGAGGAGCUCCCCUGUACCGGGAAGGGGACUGGGCUCACACAGGGCUGGGUAUGGAAGCCUGGAGAGCCCUUAUUCUCACUGGCUGCAUCAUGCUGGACAUUACCAUGACCUGGACGGCCUCCAUCACCCCAGGGGCUCUGACACGCUCAGAUCCCAGGAUGGGGCUGCAGUUAUGGGGCUCUCAGGUUGGCCUUCCCAAGACAGGCGUCCCUGUCCCCUUGUGUCCCCACCCUUGGCUGUCCCCAGGCCUCUCCCUUUUCCUGUUUUGAUGCUGGCUCAGCCAGGCCCGGAGACAGGGGCAUGAUGUCCUAAUCCUCCAGGCGGGAGCCACCACGGAGGGUUCCCGUGGACUCGGUCUCCUGCCAAGCCACCUUUCCCAGCACUCACAUACACCCCGCCUGGCACAUGAUACAUGUGGGGGCUCCUGAGCCCCAGCACCCUGACUUAGUGGGGAGGGACCCCAAUGGGGUCCCACGAAGCCCCCCGACUUCCGCUCCAGGCAGCAGGUCGGGGGACACACCAGUUGCCUGCCCUGGCCGCCAGCACAGCACUCGUAAAUCAGGGGGUGUCUGGGGCGUAGGAAAUGGGUGUGUGGAAUGUCGGGGUGGGGUAGGCUGGGGGUGAGCCCUUAACUCUUAGAAGGGUGGGGUGCAGGGCAGGAGAUGCCUGGAUCCCAGGGUGCAGGAGAUGGGCUGGUGCAGACGUGGGGCCUCCUGGCUGCAGGGGCCGGCAGUGAAGAGGUUAGCUCCCAGCCCAGGCAGGGCAUAAAUUCGGGGGACAGCUCCCACCCUCAGGACCUGCCCAUCACAAUGGCUGUGGGAAAGGUCCUGCUGGGCUCUCUGCUGCUCCUGUCCCUGCAGCUGGGACAGGGCUGGGGCCCUGAUGCCCAUGGGGCUCCGGUGGCCGAUGGAGAGUUCUCGUCUGAGCAGGUGGCAAAGGCUGGAGGGACCUGGCUGGGCACCCACCGCCCCCUUGCCCGCCUGCGCCGAGCCCCGUCCGGUCCAUGCCAGCUGUGGAGCCUGACCCUAUCGGUGGCAGAGCUGGGCCUGGGCUACGCCUCAGAGGAGAAGGUCAUCUUCCGCUACUGCGCCGGCAGCUGCCCCCGUGGUGCCCACACCCAGCACGGCCUGGCGCUGGCCCGGCUGCAGGGCCAGGGCCGAGCCCACGGCGGGCCCUGCUGCUGGCCCACUCGCUACACCGACGUGGCCUUUCUUGACGACCGCCACCGCUGGCAGCGGCUGCCCCAGCUCUCGGCGGCUGCCUGCGGCUGUGGUGGCUGAGUGCCCGGCCUGGCACCCAGGAGCUGCAGUGCUGGGGGAGCUCGGCUGAUUUAUUUAUUGGAGACCAGGAUGCAGAGACAACAAGGAUGGGAGUGGGCGGGGGCGACCAGCAAUGAAUGCAAUAAAGGACACCACUCUCCCGGC